AGCCGCUGCUGUCAUCGCAAGAGCUGGUCUGUCUCACUGUCUCCAGUCUCCACCGUUUCGACGGGCUCUUUCUUCUCGUCUCUCUGUUAUAAUGGAGAAUCGCGUGCUCCUAUCUCCCUGACAGGUGCCUUUCUCUGCGCGAGACACAUCCGAGAUCUUGGUUUGUGGUGUUUCUCACUGACCUGACCAGCAGGUUUCUUUUACCUACACACUGCUGCUGACAGAUACACACUCUGUAGUAGUGUGCUGCAGGUAUGGGCUUCGCGGAGGACCUGUGGUGCCCUCAGGGUCACGCCGCCCUAAUGAAACUACAAGACUCCGAGCUACGUUUGAUGGAGGUUAUGAAGAAAUGGAUGGCGCAGAGGGCCAAGAGCGAUCGCGAGUUCUCCGUGCAGCUGCAUCAGAUGUCAGCCAUUGUUGAGAAGCUGGAAGGUUCUCAGCCUGGAGGAGGUCUCGACUACAUCAGCCAGUUCAAUAAGUCGUGGAACGUGCUGGUCAGUCAGACGGAGAGCCUCAGUCGUAUCAUGCGCAAGCACUCUGAGGAUCUGAUGGUGGGACCCCUCAGCAAACUCACCCUCCUCAUCCGGGACAAGCAGCAGCUGAGGAAGACUUACGGGGAACAGUGGAACCUUCUCACCCAGGAGCUGUGCAGGGUCACCCAAACCGAGCUGGACCGGCUCAAGUCCAGUUACAGACAGCUAGUACGGGACGCGACACAGGCCAAAAGAAAAUACCAGGAAGCAAGCAAAGACAGAGAGCGUGAGAAAGCAAAGGAGCGCUACAUUAAAGCCACUCUGAAACUGCAUGAGCACCACAAUGAAUAUGUGCUGUCGGUGAAGGCCGCGCAGGUGCAUCAUCAACUCCACUACGGCCAAAGCCACCCGGCCCUACUAGGAACCCUGCAGACGCUGCAGGAGGAAAUGGUGCUUAUUCUGAAGGAGAUUCUGCAGGAGUAUUUCGAUCUGUCUAGCGUGCUUCAUGAUGAGGUGGUUAGUGUUCACACUGAAAUGGCCAAUGCCCUCAAAGCCAUCCAGCCACAGAAAGAGUAUGAGAACUUCAUCCAGCAGAACAGGUCGAGAGGAGAGGUUCCUGCAUGUGUGGAGUUUGACAGCAGUUUGUUGGAGGACGCUGAAGAUCUGAAGCCUGAAGAUCUGCAGCUCAAUGAGCUCACAGUAGAGGGGAUCCAGCAUCGGCUCACCGCUGUGGAGGAGGAUCUCCUGGGUCUCGCUAGUACUCUUGGUUCUCAGCAGGCCACCAUCAACCAGCUGGAGCUGGAUCUGCAGAAUGAGGAGGGCUCUGCAAACACAGGCCAGAGGGUGUAUCAGUUCAGUAAGCGUAAUGCUCUGGAGGACAGCAGACAGCAGGUAGUUCUGUCCAUGGUGGCUCGAGCUCGUCUGGAGGCGCAGCGGAGGCUUCUGGCUGAUAAACUUGAGACUCUGGGCAGUAAGGAGGCUCCACCUAUAGGCCUGGAUGAUGAUCGGAUAUCUGUCACAUCCAGCAACUCUGAGCGUGAUAAAGAGCAUAAGCUCCUCAACAUGGAUGUAAUCGUGAGCCAUCUCAGCAGCUUGUUCAAGCCCAAGUAUACGAGUAGUGUGUUUUAUACAUCUCACCAGGUUCCCCCCGCCCUGGCAUCGGUGCCCGAGGCAGAGAAGCCCUUGACUCAGCAGAGCUGGUAUCACGGUGCCAUCCCCCGUCUGGAGGUGCAGGAACUGCUGAAGAAUGAUGGCGACUUCUUGGUUCGAGAAAGCCAGGGCAAACAAGAAUAUGUGCUGUCUGUGCACUGGGGCGGCCAGUGCCGGCACUUCCUCAUUCAGAGUGCAGACGGUGUGUAUCGUCUGGACGGUGAAGGCUUCACCUCUGUACCACUGCUAAUAAAGCACCUCACCAGCUCCCAUCAAUCCGUCACGAAGAGGACAGACAUUGUGCUGAAGAGACCCAUCGUUAAGGAUAAGUGGGUGUUGGAACAUGACGAUGUCAUUCUUGGACAGAGCAUUGGUCGGGGCAACUUUGGUGAGGUGUUCAGUGGGCGCUUGCGUUCAGACAAUACCGCAGUCGCUGUGAAAGCCUGCAGAGAGAAUCUGCCCGCAGAACACAAGAACAAGUUCCUAAUGGAGGCCAGGAUCCUAAAGCAGUAUGACCAUCCAAACAUAGUGAAGCUAAUCGGUGUCUGCACACAAAAACAGCCAAUAUAUAUCAUCAUGGAGCUGGUGCAAGGAGGGGACUUCCUUACCUUUCUGCGCACAGAAGGCCACAACCUGAGGACCAAGAUGUUGAUCAAGAUGGCAGAGAACGUGGCGUCUGGCAUGGCAUACCUUGAAAACAAGAAGUGCAUUCAUCGAGAUCUGGCUGCGCGUAACUGUCUCGUGGGUGAGGAGAGCGUGGUGAAGAUCAGUGAUUUCGGUAUGUCUCGUCAGGAGCAGGAUGGGGUUUAUUCUGCUACAGGAGGUAUGAAGCAGAUCCCAGUCAAAUGGACGGCACCAGAGGCCCUUAAUUAUGGGCGAUACACCACAGAGAGUGAUGUGUGGAGUUUCGGUGUGCUGCUGUGGGAGACCUUCUCCAGAGGAGUCACACCAUAUACCAUACCGCAUAACAUGAAUAACCAACAGACCAGAGACGAGGUGGAGAAAGGAUAUCGUAUGCCGGCCCCAAAUAGCUGUCCGGAUGAGCUCUAUGCCCUCAUGUGUGAGUGCUGGCAGUACGAUCCGAGAAAUCGACCCUCAUUUCGCAAACUAAAGGCAGAUCUGUAUGUUUUAUGUCAGUAAAACACACACACACACACACACACACACACACACACACACAUGCUCACAUGUAAGUGCAGCUUGUCUUAUGAUGAUGCCAAAGCAAAGAUUUUUUUUUUUUUUUUAAUUUGUGUGCCGUGGUUGUAAAAAGCAAAUCUGCAUAUAAAGUAAAGCGUGCUUUCUGAGAGAGUACUGUUAAUAAGAGCAGAUUAUAAUUAAGAAUGUUUGAUUUUGUAUAAAUGCUGAAUUCUGUGCAAAAUGGUUUUAAUUGUGACAUGCUGAUUGUUUUAAAAAAAUGAAUAAAUUAUUUUUUUUGCAGAUGACAAAUAUUGACCUCGUGAGCACAAGUCUGUAUAUUUACUGUUUAUAGUAUGGAAAUACUGUAAAUAAAUUUAUUAAUAACGACUUUUAUUUAGCAAGAAUACAUUUCAAUCAAGCAUCAAAUUAGUUUAUUAGAAUGAUUUCUGAAGGAUCAUGUGACACUGAAGACUGGAGUAAUGAUGCUGAAAAUUCAGCUUUACGUCACAAAAAUGAAUUACAUUUUAAAAUAUAUUCCUAUGGAAAACUUAAAUUGUAAAAAUAUUUCACAAUAUUUCUGUUUUAACUGUAUUUUUACAGAAAUAAAUGCAGUCUGGGGGUGAGCACAAGACAUUAAAAACAUACAAAAUUGAACCAAAUGCAAACUUUUCAAUGGUAGCAUAUGCUAACAAUCACCUUCUGAGAAGGAAUUUAGCGCUUUUUCUCCACUCCAACAAAUAUUCAUUUGGCUGUUAAACAGGUCUUAAAUCCAUCAUACAGUGAGAUGUAUUACUGACAAGCGGUGACCCUGCAGCGCAGCAGUUUUGUCACGAAACUUGCACUCAAGUUAGAUUCCAUAAACAUAAUGUUCCUGAAGCUUAAUGCACAGCAGGACUCUGAGGCACACAGGUGUGAAUAGGCGUGUCUAUCUGUUCAUGUGUCUUAUCUGCCCUGGGCAUGAAGGAGACAAAGGAGAAGAUAUGACAAAUGACUCACGAACCAACCUGCACAAGGCUUUAACCCUUUGCAUGACAGAAACUGACUGCAUGAUAUUUUUUGGGCUAUCAUAUGACACUUUUUCCAGGAUCCAGGAUCAAUGUUGCCUAAAAAAAUGAUACAACAAGUCACAGAUAAUCCAAGCUCAACCUAAUAGAUGUGGGUCCAGAACAGUGCUAUGAUCUUAAGAAAACAUCAUAACAUUUCAGUGCACUCAGACUGCUCAUUUAAACUUUAUUAAUUCAUUAUUUAUGGAGUCAAAACAAU